AUGGGACCAAAAGAAGCUGUUAAAGAAGAGGUCGACACACCACAACCAAAACCUGUGAAUAGAAGAAGGGCUGCUGCUUGUAAAUCCUGUCACACUUUGAAAGUUAAGUGUAUUCCUUCGGAUCCAAAUGAUUUAUCCUCACCUUGUGUAAGGUGUAUUAAAACCAAAAGAAAGUGUGAAAUAGAAUCAAAUCAAAAUAGGAAAAAGAAGAAGAACUUACAGAUCAGUCUUCCAGAGAUUGAGUAUGUACAAAAAUCAAAUUUAUUUGUUUUUGAUGAAUUGAAUACUAACGCACGAUAUAGCCGUGUUACAGAAUUAGAACAAAAGAUUGAAAAAUUGAAUGCAGAACUUUUACAACACAAAUCACAGAUGAGUAUAUCGCCUCAUAAUGCAUCACAUAAUGGAUACCAGAGUGGUGUGAACUCGCCAAUACAUCUUGAUCCAAUAUCACACCCACAACCGCAAAACUAUCAACCAUCAAAUCUAGGGCAAUCACUGAGUGCCGCAUCUACAACCCCAGAUGAAUCAAAUAAACCAUCCAAAAGAAAUGCGUUUGAAUUUGUGAAUGAGACUGAAAAGCUGAGAAAGAAAAAUGGUGAAAAUAUAAAGAAACCAAGAAAGUUGACAAAAGCUGAACAACUUGAACAGCUUAUGGGUCCUAAUUCAUUGUCUGAAAUUAGUACCGUUGCAACAAAAGUUGCUGAAGAUAGGGUGAAGAUGUUGAAAAGUCCUCAUGUUGACCUGAUUGAUCGUGGUUUACUCACCGUUGAAGAGGCUCAAGAGCGUUUGGAUCAAUAUGUUAAUAAACUAUAUGCUAAAUAUCCUUUUGUUGAUGUUCCAACGAACCUUGAAGAGUUUAGACGUGAAUAUCCAGUACUAUUCAAUGCUGUCAUGGCCAUUACAUGCGCUGUAAUAGUUAGUGAUGAUUUGGAUAAAAAUUUAGAAAUUGAAAACAUCGCUACACAACAAGUUAUUCAUGAAAUUGUUCUUAUAGGUAACAAAUCAAUUGAGCUGUUAAAAGCUGCAGUGCUGUUGACUGUAUGGUAUAUUAUGCCAGAAUUGUUUCAUCAUCGUCGCUAUCAUAUAUUAAGUAUACUUUGCAUCACACUUACUCAAGAUCUUGGUUUGACUGGGCGUCCAUAUUAUGUUGUUAACAAAUCUGAAGGUUCUGUUCAACGAUCUACUGUUCUAGAAGAUCCACAAAAAGAUGAAUAUAAAUGUAUGGUUUUGGUUGUUUAUUCAACAUCUGUGGGGUAUUCACUAUUUUUGAGAAGGAGAAUCAUGGCCACUUGGAGUCCCUACUUGGAAGAAUGUUAUCAGCAAUUGAGAGUUUCGCCAAUUAUAAAAAAUAGAACAGUUGCAGUAUUUGCUAAACUAUCAAGUCUGCUUGAAAAGAUACAUAGUUUUGUUCAAGCGAAGGAUCAAGAAAACUUGCCAUUUAUAGAGCAUUUUCAAAGAUCUAUAGAUUUUUUGAAAUUUGAAACUACAACCAUGGAUUCUGAUGUGUUGCUGGGUUAUGCAUAUUCGGUGGAGGCAUUUUUAUAUUCAAAAUUCACAGCUAUUGACUUAUCAUAUAAAUGUUUACAUUCAGCUUCAAAAUGCCUUGAACAUUUCGGUGCACUAACCCCUGAUCAAACUAGUUAUAUACCACAUGUCAUUUAUGGGAGAUUGAUGUAUGCUUUUGCUUUACAAUUGAAGACUAGCAGUUAUUUGAAGUAUGAUUUUGAUUUGAAUGCCAUUAAAAAGAACAUCAACAUUUUGAAUGAAUGUAAUAAAAUAUAUAAAGUCAAUCAUUUAUUGCUCAAAGCAAAACUACUAUUUUAUUUUUAUCUUACCACAUAUGCAAAGAAUGAAAAUGCAUUUAAUGAAUUGGCAACUGAAUCACCUGCUGAUACUGCAUUUAGAUCUGUUUCUGAACAUCUUACACCAUCAAGUACACAUGCAGACUCACCUCAUCAAUCAUCAUCAAAGACUAAUGAGAAUAUUGAUUCCACACCUCAAUACUAUGGUCCUCCAGGAAGUCAACAACAAACUCCAUCCCAUCCACAUCAAUCUUUACCACAAUCGAAUCCAGGUAUUCCACCUCAAGGACAAUUUCAGCCACCAUUACCUGUUCAACAAUAUUCUCAUCAACAACAUUUGAAUCCAAUGGGUAUGCCAAACCAUUUCAAUGGUCAAAAUCCUUCUCCAUAUUCCCAACAACCAAUGCCACCUGGAAAUUUUGCUCCACCUCCACCUCCACUGCAUCAUGUUAAUAGCUUCACGGGGUUCCCGUCUAAUAGUGCUUCAAGUCGUGAACUAUUAGAGUCUCAAAUGGAGCCAUCAUAUCCUCAAAUUGAUAUGUUGUCUGAGGCUACAAUAAAAGGGUUUGGUGAUGUACCAACUGAAUUGAUGGGACAAGAUGAGUUUUGGAGAUUAUUUGAUCAUAAAGAUGAGCAAUUCUUAUUGUGA